AUGUCGCUCACACCAGGACCUCCAGUAUAUAGUGGCCAACCUGGCCUCCAGAAUGCCUAUCCUCACCCCGAGGCUGACUACUCAGUUCCACUCCCUGGCUAUUCAGGUGCUGGUCCAGUGGGCUUUCCUGUCCAACACCAGCCAGUGUAUAAUCAGCCAGGUGGACCAGAAGGGGUACCAUGGAUGCCAGCAUCACCACCUCCAUCAGACUGUCCACCAGGGUUGGAAUAUUUAAGUCAGGUAGAUGAGAUACUGAUCCAUCAGCAAAUUGAUCUUCUGGAAGUCAUCAUACAUAUUGAAACAAAUAACAAAUAUGAAAUUAAGAACAGCCUUGGACAGAAGAUUUACUUUGUCACCGAGGAUAAUAAUUGCUGUACCCGAAAUACUUGUGGGGCUCAUAGGCCUUUUACCAUGAGGAUUCUUGAUCUUAUGGGCCAAGAGGUCGUAACUCUGGAGAGACCACUAAGAUGUGGCUAUUGUUGUUGCCCCUGCUGCCUUCAGGAGAUAAAAAUCUAUGCUCCUCCUGGUACACCAAUAGGUUAUGUUAUUCAGACCAAGCACCCAUAUGUGCCUAAGUUUACAAUUCAAAAUGAGAAUAAAAAGGAUAUACUAAGAAUUAUCGGUCCAUUUUUUGCAUGCAAAUGUUGUGGAGAUGUUGAUUUUGAGAUCAAAUCUCUUAAUGAAGAAAAUGUGAUUGGCAAGAUUUCCAAGAAGUGGACUGGUUUUGUGAGAGAAGCAUGUACAGAUUACAGUGACUUUGACAUCCAGUUCCCUUUAGACCUUGACGUGAAAAUGAAAGCUGUGAUGCUUGGUGCGUGUUUCCUCAUUGAUUUUAUGUUUUUUGAAAGUACGGGGAGCCAGGAUGGGUGGCAGGAUUUUCUCUUUGUCAGAGAUAACUUUUAUUAA